CACUUUCCAAAAAUUACCCUUCCCCCUCUCAACCUAUUUUCUCAUAGCCCUCACAGAAGCUGGGUGCAGUCAGUUGGGUUUCUGUUAGUGUGGAGACCAUACAGUGUUUGUGUUGCCGUGACAACCAUCUCAUUGCUGCAGAAAGAAAGGGCGUAACUAACCAGCGCCAUUGUAGUACUUCACAGCUGACGUCAUGCCUCCAGUUUUCAUCCAUCAAAUGCCGGCAAUUAACCCAGGAGACGCUGCCUCCAAUGGGCCCCAGCAACAACAAAGGACAACAUUUAGACCUCCAUGGGUCAAGGAGGGUCCUGAGCCCCUCCCCCUACCAACAGCACCAUGGACUCUAGCUCGUACACGGCAAAGAGCACCUGAAGCUCAGGAGGCAGUUCCUGUAAAGACCACCCUGAAGCCCGUGUCACGUAAGAACUCCACAGCUACAAGCAACAAUGCAGCAGCAGCAGACAAUUCCAGCAACAGCAGUGGAUCAUCAGGGGCAGCCAACAAUGAGCUCCCACCUGUCAGGAAGACCAGCAAGAUCACCAUAAUACCAUCUAGACCUCUGGGAGAUGGAGCAAUUCCCAAAGAAAAUGGUCAUGAUGCUUCCAACACAGCUACUACCAACUCAAAACCAACCAGCUCUAAGAAACAACAGGAUGCAACAGAAACAAGAUCAAGGUCAUCAAAGUCUCAGGCAUCACAAGUUAAAGAAAUUCCUAUUGAAAUCAAGAGUACAACCAAACCUAAGCAGGAAGAACAGAAACAAAAAAGCAGCAACAAACUGGAAGUAGAUCAAAAAUUAAAAAGCGGUAACAAACAGCAAGAAGAACAGAAACAAAAGAGCAAUAACAAACUACAAGAGGAACCAAAACAAAACAACAAAGUGGAAUCCAAACCACCUGAACCACCUGCACCACCCAUGCCACCACCACCCAUGCCAGGACUAGAUAUAACACCAAUGUCUGAAAGCAAAGUUGAAAAACUGGAGACGCUAAGGAGUCGACCCAGGAAACGCCCUGAUUGGGGUGCUAUGAUGAAGGAAGUGGAGUCAGGUAGCCGAAGGCUCAAACAUGUCCAAAGCAAUGACAGAAGCAGUCCACUCCUGCCUAAAGUCAAAGUCAAGGAUAGGUUUAUGUAUGAAUCAGAAAAACCCAACGUCCACAACCAACUACUCAAGGAGAUCCAGUCAGGAAUAAAUCUCAAGAGGGUUCAAACAAAUGACAGGAGCAGACCACAACUUGAUGGCCUUCGCAAGUUCCGUCGCCAGAUGACAAUAGAGGAGCAAAUCCAGAAAGCAGAGACUGAAGAGAAUGAAGUAGAGCCUGAUGAACUGGAUGAUAUUGACAAAGUGCGGGAUGAUCUUCAAUCAACAAAACAGAUGCUUGCACUUGAAUUGAGGAACAAGGAGGCCAUGGAGCGAGAGAAUAAGAAGCUUCUGACCAGGAUACUAAACCUGGAAAUUGAGAUAGAGAAAGAACGAGCAGCCAAAAUGCAGACAGAGGAGAAGUCACCUCAGGCCAAGAGUGAGGCGGAUGAACAGGAGAAACAUAAACUGGAGAAGAAACUGGAGGUGGCACAGAGGUCAGCAGAAGAAAUGGAGAUAAAAUACCAUGACACGGCAGGUCAGCUAGACAUGGUACGGGCAGACCUGGAAGAAGUUCUCCGCAAAAAUCAGGCACUUGAAAGGAAACUACAAGUUAGUCUCCUUAACCAGGAUAAGGGCAGUGAGCAACCCCUAAGGAAGCAGCCAUCAACUAAGAAGUUGGCAGCACCUGCUAAAGAAAGCAACAGUAACAUGCAACAACAAUCAAAAGAUGAUGAUGAGGAGGAGUCAGAGUAUGAAGAAGAAACGGACACAGAAACUGAGUCCUCUUCUGAGGAAGAUGAUGCUGAGGCACUUCAGGAGAGGAGGACAGCUCGAGAACUGAAACUGCUUGCUACAAAGCUCAAAUCAUUCAAAGAGAAGGAAGAAGUAACACGGAAAGAAAGGCACUCACUCCGGGAUCAACUUAAGAAGCAACAAAAGAUUCUGAGCGAGGAGAGAAAGAAGUAUAAAGUUCUUCAGAAGGAGGUAGAUAAAAUGGCAAAUCUAAUGAAGGAUGAUGAUGAAGGAAGUGAGGAAGAAGAAGAGCCUGAGGAAAGUGAGGAAUCAGAGUCAGAAAGUGAAAGUGAGGAAUCAGAAGAAGAAGUAAGUGAUGGUGACCUACCCCAAGAUGCUCCAGCAGAAAAAAGAAAGCAAAAUCUGUCUGAAAGAGGCAAAAGGCAUGAGAACUGCCUGGCAGCUCUUCGCAAGGGCAACUACCUGCUAAAAGCAAAUAUAGAUCGAAUCAAAGAUGACCUCUUCAAGCAGAAAGAGAUGUCUCUGAGACUACAAGAAGACCUCAACUCUGUUCUUGCAGAACUUGGUUGAAUAAAGCAAAAUAUAUUCCUGAAUGAACAAAAUUAUUGUCAUGAAAAUAACAAAACCAUAUACUUACUGCAGCUUGCCAGGGGGCAUAUACUGAAGACAAGUAUUCUGAUUAAGUAUUCAAAUUGGAGAAAAAAUUAUAAUAUAAACCACUACACAGGAAUUUCAAACAAAUCUCCAAAAGAAAUGUUGUAAAAUUAAUAAAAUAUUAGUUGACAAAACUUGACAUGAAUAAUACAAAUAUCUGUCACAACAGGGAAGUAAAAGUUUUACUAAGUCUUCAGUAUACUUUGUACUUCAUGCAUAAAAUAAAUGUAUAAUGGAGAGGUC